AUGAGCCGCGGCGGCCGUGCCCCCACCCCGCACCGCCCCUCGGAGAUGCCACCGCCCCUCACCGGGGUUGCGGGGCGGCUGGCGGGGGCGGCGGCGGCGCGGGGCGCGGAGCGGGAGGAGUUGGCGGCUCUGAACGAUCGUUUCGCCGCUUUCCUGGAACGGGUGCGGGCGCUGGAGCGGCAGAACGGGGCCCUGCGGGCAGCCCUGGGUCCCCCCGCUGCUUCCCGCACCGCCGGGCUGGUGCGGGGGGAGCUGCGGGGGCUGCGGGAGAGGCUGCAGCACCUGGGCCGGGACCGGGACCGGCUCCAGGCCGAGAGGGAUGGGCUGGAAACCGAGCUGGCGGCCCUGCGGCAGCGGCUGGAGGACGAGACGCAGAAGCGGGAGGAUGCGGAGAGGAGCCUCGUGCUGUUCCGCAAGGACGUGGAUCAGGCCACGCUGUCCCGCCUGGAGCUGGAGCGGAAAGUGGAGCUGCUACUGGACGAGAUCGGGUUCCUCAAGAAGCUGCAUGAGGAGGAGCUGCGGGACCUGGAGGUGGGUGUCCCGAGCCCAGGGGGUCCAGGGGAGGUGAGGGUCUGCAAACCCGAGCUGACGGCAGCGCUGCGGGACAUCCGCACCCAGUACGAGAGCAUCGCCGUGAAGAACCUGCAGGAGGCCGAGGAGUGGUACAAAUCCAAGUUCGCUGACCUCUCGGACGCGGCGAACCGCAACCACGAGGCGCUGCGGUUGGCCAAGCAGGAGAUGGGAGAGUCCCGGAGGCAGAUCCAGAGCCUCACCUGCGAGGUGGAGGGGCUGAAGGGCACGAACGUGGAGCUGCAGCGGCAGAUGAGGGAGAUGGAGGAUGAGUUCAGGGAGGAGGUUGGGAACUACCAGGAUGUGGUGGGGAGGCUGGAGCAGGAGAUCCAGGAGAUGAAGGAGGAGAUGGCGAGGCACCUGCGUGAGUACCAGGACCUGCUCAACGUCAAGAUGGCCCUGGACAUCGAGAUCACCACGUACCGCAAGCUGCUGGAGGGCGAGGAGAGCCGGAUCCCCUUGCACCCCCCAACCGCCGUCAGAACCUCAGUGCCAGAGCCCACGGAGCCCCCUGCCCAGAGGAUGCUGCUCAUCAGAACCAUCGAGACCCAGGACGGGCAGGAGGUGGUGACAGAGUCGCACAAGGAGCGAUUGGAGUCAGGGGAGUGA